AGGGGGGAAAAAAAGACGUUCGACUCGGGGCUCGAUGGAAAGUAUAAAUUCGCCUCUGGUGUUCGAGGCUCGCCUGAUAAGAUUUAACGUGCGCAAACGUGCGCCGAUAAGCUGCGGGAAGUAAAGAAGUCGUUCUCCGCGGCGCGAUAAGCUUGGUUGCAAAAAUGGACUGCUGCAACUACGUCGAGGCAUACGCGGCAGGCAGCCACUUUUAUCAUCAACAACAACAACACUACUUUUGCUAUGAUAACGCGAGCAACGAUUACGGUGGCUACGAGCCGCAGCCGAUCUCCACCGCGAUCGAAACUACGGCGCGAUACAACGGGACUGUGCCGCCCGGCUAUCCACCAGACUACGUGUAUAAUCCGAAGGAGGCGAGACUGCGGAAGGCGAUGCGCGAACAGAGCCGCGAGCUGUCGAGACGAUCGAUCUUGCAGAGCGCGAUCGCUCGGGCGGGCGUGAUCGCGAGCCCGGUCACAUCCGCCGGCUUCCUGGAUCAUCAGCACCGUUUCGGUUGCAUGCCCACCGCCAGCCUGCCGAUGAACUCGUCCGUGGAGCCGGACCGUGUCACGGAACCGUGGUUCCAGUCGGCCUCGCGCCCCAAGCCGAUCCACUCGCCCCGUAUGGCCCCGAACGAUUGGUACGUCGGCAACGUGGCCGAUCCUAUCGAGAGAUUGCAAAUAAUGGGCGCGAUGGCCCAUCAGCGUGGCCUCGACAAAUGCAAGGACGCGAUGAGAAACCAGGCGGUGGCCAGCGUGGCCAACACGGUGGCUGCCGAGUGCGGUGCUACGUUCUCGAGCAACGGGUACCCUGUCGACUUCACCGACGUCAACCGGGAGAGGGAGUUGCGUCGCCAGGAGAGCAUGGAGUACGGCGAGUUCCCCGAUGAUCAGAAGUGGCAUCCUUAUCAGAAUGGCGGAGGUGCUCACCAACAUCCCAGAACGUCUCAUCCGCCACAGAUGAGCAACAUUCUUCACCCAAACAUUCAGAGUCCGGGUUCACAGGGGCACGGAUCGUGGGGUCAGUUUUGCCACGGUAUGCUACCACACACACCGCCUAUGCCUCGGAACGUUGGGGUUCGUGGACCACGACAUACAAUGUUGUUGCGGGAUCGUAUGCCUCCUGGACACUGCGAAUUUCCCGAGGAAGCGCCGCGGAUGGUGUAUCAUCCAAGUAAACUCGAUCUCGAGAACGUACGAGCGUCGUACACACCUUCCGAGCACCAGAUGCCAAGAUUACUCGAAACCUCGGUCAUGGAUUCGGCGUCCACGCUGAGGAUUCGCCGUGAGGAUGACGGGCCCAGGUGGGAGCCAGGCGCCAUGAACAACAGAAUGUCUAUGGACAACUUAGCUCCAACAAGGGAGUCUAGCAUGUCGCGCGAGAAGGAGAGCGAGUCCCGUCGAUCGGCUGCUGAACGAUUCGAGCCGAAGAAGAAGAGCGUCAGCAAGCAACCGUUGCCCGGUUUUCACCAGGCGUUCGGCUCGACGGAGAUCGGCAGGUUCUCCAGAUCGGAGUUCUUCGUGAACAUGGUGGGCGAGAGCGGCGGCAACGUGGACGUCGCCGACACGGAAGCUACCAACGUAAGUACGGAUCGUAUGUCAGAGGUGAACGGAUCGGCAGUGACCACAGCGACGCACGACACAUCGGUGGUAACCACGACAGCGACGACCACCGUCAGAUCGUUCGACGGCGUCGACGACAACGAGGAGGCGAGUUUCGACGACUCGAGCAACGACCUCGUUGCACCGACGUCGAUGGGCAUGUACUGCGGCCAACCAAGCAUUCCUCGUUGGCACAGUCCUCACGUAGGCGCUAUAGGUAGCGAAAUUUAAGCGAGUCUUUAAUCCUUUCGCGGGCUAACGCCACGUUUCCUCCUCCAUUGAAAGUCUGACACGAUAGCGGACUAUGUGUGGUUCUAGUCAUUUUCAAAAAGAAAGAAAGAAAGAAAGAAAGAAAGAAAGAAAGAAAAAAGGCGAGCAGGAGUCGCUGCAGCGUGACUUUCCUUUCUGGAUAUGCAACGGUUUGCGAAGAAGAAUCUUUGGAAGGAAACCUGUUGCUGGUCCCCAAAGGAACGGGGGAGCGAGGUGACUGAAAACAAAUCUGUACGUUCUGUGAUGUAUACGUAGACAUUUAGAAAACUCGAUCGAGCGUAUUUACAUUUAUUCUGUGUGUGUAACGAUUAAAUUAUUACGAAGCGGUGUUGCACUUAACCUGCGGGAUUGUUCGACGGAAUUCCGAUUAGCCCUCGAGAGGAAUUAACGACUCGCCAAGGACGUGACAAUUGCGUCCAGCUGUCUGUAGGAUUAAAUUUAUUCCCUCCGAUGUUCAAAAGUAACCCGACGACACUUUGUACUUUGGGGAAUCUCACCUUGUCUCCCGUUCGAAAUUCACGGAUCUGUAAAAUUGGACACGUUUCUCCAACUUGUACAAAUGUUAUGCGUUAGGUGUUCAUUCGUCGGAGAACCGAGCAAAUGGCGUACGAAACGUCCCGGCAGGCUGCGCACAGAGUUUGUCGAGAUUGUGCCUUUAAGAGAACUGUGAAGGAACUGUUAAAGGUCUUCAAAAAUUUCCGAUCGAAUCAAAGAUUAAAAAAAAAACGAAAAAAAAAAAAAAGAAGAAUCAAAAAGCAGCACGAUGUUCGUGGAUCUCGUACGUCAGCUAUCAACGUUGAGCAACUUACGCGAUGUCGUUGUAUCGAACAAAAGAGAUAUCUCAUAUCACGUUUAAAAAAAAAAAGAAACAAAAAAAAAAAGAAAAAGAAAUUUCCUUUUCUUCCAGAAAAGUAUCGAACGCUGUUUAAAGUAUCUUUUUUAAAGAUGAAGGAUCCGAAAGGAACGUGAAAGAUAACUGCAAUUGUUAGGUAAACGUGGAAUUGGUAGGUUGCUCAGACCUUGAUAAAGGAAUAUAAUCAAAAAAUGUGUCGAUGAAAGUAUUUAGUCGACACCUUCCAUCAAGUUGUUAGAUGUCGCCGAUGAUACACUACGUCUAGUGUAUACCGACGAUGAAUUAUAUGAAUAUAUUAAAUAUAUAUUUAAAGAAGUAUAUAUAUAUAUAUACACAUAUAUAUAUAUAUAUACAUAUAUUGUACUUAUAUGUAUAAUGGAGGAAACGAAAACGCGCGACGAAGAAGUAUAUAAGUUAUUUGGUAGAGUAUUUAGACGACACGUAUUGCCGCGCGGAGAAACGUAUAAAUAAAAGUGAAAACAUUAAAUAUUGCGGACGUAGAAAGUCGAGGAGCCGACGAAAUAUACACGCCCUUUCGUUCGGUGAAAAGUAUGCUUUUUCUGAAGGGAAUGCACGGUACUCGGAACUUUAUUCCUUUUUUCUUUUUCUCUCUUUCUUUCGUUGUUUCAAUAACGACGAUAAGAGAAUGAUAAAUCUCGCAGCCUCGGUAUGUAUGCACCAAGGACACGAAGUAGUAAAGAGAUUUGAAUCAUAAUGUGUCGUACGUUAAGACUGUAGUUGUAACGCAAGCUAUUAUCAUCGGGAUUUUUUACAUGUCCAUUUUUUAACGUGUGUUUAAUAUUCAACACUUGCUGUAGCAACUUUGGGACCUUUUUGAGAAAUAUAUAUAUACGUAUAUAGGGAGAGAAAAAAAUUCUUUUUAGGAAUGUCCCGCGUGUACUGUGACAUCCCGGCUGCGAUGCGUUAUGUUAAAAAAGAUGCGACGUUUAUUUUAUUACAAACAUAUAUAAUGUAAGUGUAGUUUAUUAAUUCAACCACUCUGUUGACUUUUUGCUGAUUUAAUUCGCUAUUUGUGAUGCUCGAAAGCCGAGAGAAGUUUUAAACUAAUCUCCGUGUCUCUCCUCUGCUUUGUGAUCGAGCUCCGAGUCCCGUGCAGGCACCUGUGACUCGUGUUGAUUGAUCUAUCGGUACAUCGACUUGACAUAAUUCGUGCCAGCCACCCUGUACCUACAAUGGGACCAAAUUAAACGAGCAAGCUUUUAUUUCGCGUUCACCGUCGCGCUUACGUCCCGCAUAUUUUAUCGUGUAUCGGAAAACCUUCCCUCGUUCGCUCGAUCGCUUCGAACAGGAGGCGAAAAAUUCGUAUUGGAACGCGUUCUUUAACACGCUCAAUGUUACUACUUCCGUUGUGCAACUUAAAUUUUUUUUUUUUUCUUUCCUCUAGAAGAAGACAAUUUCGCGAAUUGUAAGAGCUUUCGAUCUCUCCUUCACCCCCCCCCCCUCUCUCGUAUGUCAUGUUAAAUUAAAUUGACUUUUACACAAACUCGGGUCGUUUCGAUCUCUGUAACAUGGAGCGUGUUAAACGGGAGAAUCUCUCUGUGAAAGUAAAAAAACGAACGGAACGAAAAGAACUGCAUAGUGUUCUCGUCGAAGUGAGGAGGAGCUUUGGGAGAGCGUCGUGUUGAUCGUUGUUCGCAAUGAAUGAUAAUCGAUCGAGCGUGAUAGACUAAACACUUUUAACGACGAUAACGUUCGACCUUUUUCUUUUUCUUUUUUUUUUGUUCUUGGCCGUUGUAGAAACGUCCAAGGGGCAUGGAAUGAUGUGUAAAUGCUGUGAUUUGUUUUAAAAUUAAAAACGAGCGUAGUAUUUAUAGCGGUGUACACAGCGUCGGCAAAAGACGAGUUGUGAUAAAACGAUGAGAAAGAAAGAGAGAGUAGAGAUUUCCGUAAGAAAUUUUUGACGAUACACAUAAUUGUCACACAUAGAAAUCAUCAGGGUUCUCUUGCACAAUUGGACUGUUGUAACGCUGUAAACAGAAUCAGAGGAGCCCUUGCAGAGAACAACGAUGCGAAACGCCAUUCACUUUCAGUCAUUACUAUGCAUUCUGCUUGAAGAUAGAAAUAAUAUAUUUUAAAAGUAGAAAAAGGGUAUCUUUGCUUUUCUACGUACGAAUGAUUUAAGAACAAAUAGCAUGGUGGUAGCCAAUCUUUUUCUGCCCAUGCCUCACCUAAGCUUUGGUCUUCAAAAUUCUGUUGCCCCACCAUUGUGCGACACAUAAUUCUUGUUAUUCAAUAACUGACAAUUUUUGACGUGGAGGAAGCCUAAAGGACCAUGAACUUGGUCUUAAACAAGCUUCCAUGAAAGAAAAAGAUUAGAAUGUCAAGUCUCCAUUGAAAGAAAUGCAAAAAAUUCACUAGUUACUCAAAUUGUACCAGUAACACAAACUGGUAACUCAAAUUGAGUUAUUAACAAUUUUUCUGCAUUUCUUUCUGUUUUCUUUCAUGGAUAUCGUGUGUCUUUGGAGGCUCGCUUAGUUAAGCCUCCUUUCAGCCUUCCUCUACGUUAAAGGUUCACUUGCAAUUGGCGUUUUCUGCAAGAGCUCUUUGAUCCUGCGUGUCGCAUCUCAAAAGUUGUCAGUGUCGACCCGGCGAAGUCACAAAACCACCAAUCCAGAGGUGGAGGAGAGGACGUUUGCAACCAUUUGUUAGUUUCUAUCAGCGAAGAUCAUUGUGCAAGAGAGCUUAGAGAGUUGUUUCAACAUUUUUGGAUUAACUAGUAAGUGCACAAAAA